CCGUCCCUUGCCAGGGCCCCGCGGUCUGGGAGGGAGCCGCCGGUCCCGCGUCCGGCCUGGUUUGCCCCAGAGGAAUGCGAGACCAGACUAAACUGUGGCCCCGCCUCCCUGCGCCGUGCCAGCAGGGCUUGGAGCUAGGACACCUCGGUCCCGGGUCCUCUCGGCCGGCCGGGGUGGGGGCAUUCCACCGUGCACAUCACGGACCCGGGCCCUGCGGCCUGGCACUCCAGGGUUUCCUCCUCAGGGCCCUGGGAUGGAGGGAGGCACGCACGGACAGCGGCUCCUUCUUGGGAUGAGUCAAGGAAUCGAGGUCACACCAAUGGCCCCUCUUCCUGAUGGAGCCGCACUUUGUUGUGGGCACAGACCUGGAGCUGGAUGUGUGACAGGCCCGGGGGUGUGGUGGAGACGUGGGGUCCCUCCAGCUGUGCUCCUGCUUGAGCCCCGCCCCUCCUAAAUGCAGACCCAGGAGCUGACAGAGCUCUGCGGGCCCUGGGUUUAAAGGUGACAGGAAGAACUUUGUUACUGCAGGGACGGAUACCACUUUGCUGGCGUCCCUAGCAGACCUCGGCUCUCCAGGAAAGAAAGGCCCCUGUCGGCAACAGGGACUUGAAUUAUUUGAGGAUGUGGAAUAAAGAAAUGAGUUGAGGAGCCUAGGAAAGAUUUCUGUCAGUGGCAAUCUGAGGGAGGUGGCAAGUAAGACCUUCAUCCCCAAGGGCCUUUCUCUGCACCUCGGAUCUCUCUCUGCACUGGGGGAAAAGAAGAGGAGAUAGCCUGAUGAAGUUCCUGGAGCAACUUUGAGAGGCUGGGCAUGGAAUUCUGCAGGGGAGGCGAGGACACAGAAGUGUUUUGUUUCUGGGCUGGCUGGAGAAAUGCUGUCGUAACUCUUUACCUUCCUCGUCCCCAGCUCUGGUCAGCUGAAUGUGGAAGUAGAGAGACUUCUGGCACCACUUCCAUGGUCUUUUCAGGCCACACGAUCUCCAAGUAGCAGGGAAAAGGAGUGAGCCUGCAUGCCAAUUCUAAGCUCUUCCGGAUCAAAUGUCGUUCGUCCUGUCCAGAAUGGCAGCCUGCGGAGGCACCUGCAAGAACAAAGUGACCGUCUCCAAGCCUGUGUGGGACUUCCUGAGCAAGGAGACCCCAGCCAGGCUGGCCCGGCUUCGGGAGGAGCACCGAGUGUCCAUCCUCAUCGAUGGAGAGACUUCUGACAUCUACGUGCUCCAGCUUUCCCCACAGGGCCCUCCCCCAGCCCCUCCCAAUGGGCUCUACCUGGCCCGCAAGGCUCUCAAGGGGCUACUGAAAGAGGCAGAGAAAGAGCUGAAGAAAGCUCAGAGGCAGGGGGAGCUCAUGGGUUGCCUGGCUUUGGGGGGUGGCGGGGAGCACCCCGAGCUGCACCGCCCAGGUCCACCUCCUCUUCGAGCAGCCCCGCUCCUGCCCCCAGGAGCACGAGGGCUCCCACCUCCCCCUCCUCCCCUGCCCCCUCCACUCCCUCCGCGUCUUCGGGAGGGGGCUGAAGAGCAGGAAAGCAUCUGCCCCAUCUGCCUGGGGGAGAUCCAGAACGCCAAGACACUGGAGAAGUGCCGACACUCCUUCUGUGAGGGCUGCAUCACGAGGGCCCUGCAGGUGAAAAAAGCCUGCCCCAUGUGUGGCCGAUUCUACGGGCAGCUGGUGGGCAACCAGCCCCAGAAUGGGCGGAUGCUGGUCUCCAAGGAUGCCACCCUCCUGCUACCCAGCUAUGAGAAGUACGGCACCAUUGUCAUCCAAUACGUCUUCCCGCCCGGUGUCCAGGGGGCUGAACACCCGAACCCAGGAGUUCGGUAUCCUGGUACCACACGGGUGGCCUACCUCCCGGACUGCCCCGAGGGCAACAAGGUGCUGACCCUGUUCCGAAAGGCAUUUGACCAGCGCCUCACCUUCACCAUUGGCACGUCCAUGACCACAGGGAGACCCAAUGUCAUCACUUGGAACGACAUCCACCACAAGACCAGCUGCACAGGGGGACCCCAGCUGUUUGGGUAUCCGGACCCCACCUACCUGACUAGGGUGCAAGAGGAACUGAGAGCCAAGGGUAUCACAGAUGACUGAAGGCCACCCCCCUUUGCCAAGGCCCCUGCCGCCCUCUUCCACUGGGAUCCAACGGAAGCCUCUGUUCUCCUCUCUCUCUGCCCCCACACCACCCACACGAGGGGAUUUGUCCGACUGAGGUGGGAGUUCGGUGGGGAAGGGGACAGUCCCUUCCCCUGCCCCCCACUGGCCAAGUGCUUCUGUGGCCUGUGAGCCACGCCCUCUGCAGAGGCUGGUUCGGGGCUCCCUCCCUGCACUCCGUGUACAUACUCUCUAUACCCCUGCUCCUCCAGUGUCCUUGGCUUUUCCUGGUAUGCACUGUUGUCCAGUGACUGGCUGAGAAAGGACCUGGGUAGGGGGACGGAGGUCUCGAGCUCCAGCCCCUGGAUACUGUACUGUCUCACCUUGGACUGAUAUUAGCUGCCACCCCCCAGCCAGCUGUGCGUUAAGAUAACAGUAGUCCUACCUUAACGGAUCCUUUCUCUCCUGUGUCUGUCUCUGUCAGUCUGUCUUUCUCUCGCUCUUCUCUACCCCUAUAAGGAGCCUCCUCACCCUGUUCUGGAAUUGCUGCCAGACUGUAGCUUUUAAUUUAAUAAAAAUAAAGUAAAAUAUGCAACUCUA